AUGAUUCAUUUUGAUAUACUUAAAGCUAGUACAAAUAUAAACAAUAAUGAAAAUACAAUGUUCUAUCAAGCUUAUCAACAAUUACAUACAAAGGAUCAUGUAAUAUUUCGACGACCAAAUGAACAACUUUGGCAUGCACAAUAUAUUGACAUGCAUAGUACUGAUCAUGAUGGAGCUUAUCGUGAUUUUAUAACUCAUAUUUGUUUUGAUACAUGUUCAUCACGAUUAUCAUUAUUUAUUUUAUGUCCUAAUGGAUGUACAAAUACUGAUUUAAAUCGUGAUUGUUGGAUUCCAAAUGUAUUGCCACCAAAUAAAUCUAUACCAAACAAAUAUAAAAAACAAUAUCGUUUUAUUGGACAAUUAUUUGGUAUGGCUAUAGGAAAAAGACAUUAUUUAAAUAUUAAAUUUUCUAGAUUAUUAUGGAAAAAAAUAUUAAAUGAAUCAAUUACUAUUGAAGAUAUUCAAGAUAUUGAUUUACAAAGUUUUACAAUUAUAAAUGAAACAGAAAAAAAUUUUGAACAAACUAAGUUAACUAAUAAUGAUAAUAAUAUAAAUUCAUUAUUUGGUAGUAUUAUGAGUGAAUUAAGAUUUGAUGUUGUUAGUUCAUCUGGUGAAACCUAUGAACUUAUUCCUAAUGGUUCAAAUAUAUCUAUAACAAUUGAAAAUUUUAAAUAUUAUUGUUCUUGUUUAUAUAGUAUUAUUCCAUAUCAUUAUUUAAAUUUAUUUACUCCUAAAGAACUUGAAGAAGCUGUUUGUGGAAAAGAUCAAAUUGAUAUAGAAAUUUUAAAACGAAAUACUUUAUAUGGUGGUGAUUAUAAUGACAAUGCACUACCGAUUGAACGAUUUUGGACUGUUCUUAAUGAAAUGUUUAAUAAUGAACAAAAGAAAUUACUUUUAAUAUUUGUUUGA